AUGAACAUCGCCAUCGACGAGUACGGGCAGCCGUUUGUAAUCCUGAAGGAGGAGGAGAAGAAAAGGAUCAAAGGGAUAGAGGCACACAAGAGUAACAUCCUGGCAGCUAAGGUCGUAGCAGAUAUUUUGAAAAGCUCUAUCGGGCCGAGGGGCAUGGAUAAAAUAAUCGUUAGCGAGGAUAACAACGUGACGGUAACAAAUGACGGAGCGACGAUACUUGAAAAAAUUGAUAUCCAGCAUGAGUGCGCAAAGUUAUUAGUCGAAUUAUCGAAAAGUCAGGACAACGAAAUUGGAGAUGGAACCACGGGAGUUGUUAUUAUCGCUGGGGUCCUCCUAGAAGAAGCAUACACCCUGAUAGAUAAAGGAAUCCACCCUCUACGUAUCGCCGAUGGGUUCGAAAAUGCAUGCAGCAUAGCAUUGAAGGCGAUUGAAGAGAUAGCCAUAACGGUGGACAUCGAAAAGAACAAUAACGAAAUGUUAAAAAAAUUGGCUAGCACUUCGUUAAGCUCUAAAAUUGUGUCAAGUAAAAAGGACCUCUUAUCAAACAUCGUGGUGGAUGCUGUCCUUUCCGUUGCAGAUAUGGAGCGAAAAGAUGUCCGAUUUGAUCUAAUAAAAAUUGAAGGAAAAACAGGAGGUCUGUUAGAAGAGUCAACUCUAAUCAAAGGUAUUGUCUUGAAUAAAGAACUGUCUCAUUCGCAAAUGGUUAAAGAAGUGAAGAAUGCAAAAAUUGCCAUCUUGACAUGUCCAUUUGAACCACCCAAACCAAAAAUAAAACAUAAACUAAAUAUAACCAAUGUAGAUGCAUUUAGGGAUUUGCAAAAUAUUGAGAAGCAAUACUUUUAUGAUAUGAUUGAUUCGUUGAAAAAGGCAGGAGCUAAUUUCGUGAUCUGUCAAUGGGGAUUUGAUGAUGAAGCCAAUUAUCUUCUUUUGAAGGAAAAUAUACCAGCCAUUAGAUGGGUAGGAGGAGUCGAAAUGGAACUCAUAGCUAUAGCAACAGGUGGAAAAAUCAUCCCUAGAUUUGAAGAUAUACAUGAAUCUAAGUUAGGUAAAGCUGAUUUGAUUAGGGAGAUUAGUCAUGGUACUGUAAACAACCCUAUGGUUUUUAUCGAAGGAUGCUCAAAUACGAAAGCAAUUACAAUCCUGUUAAGAGGAGGCAACCAAAUGAUGGUUGAAGAAUGUGAAAGAAGUGUACAUGAUGCUUUGUGUUCUGUUCGAAAUUUGAUUAGGGAUAAUCGAAUUCUCCCAGGGGGAGGAGCUAGCGAAAUUUAUGCUGCUCUAGCUAUUGAAAAUGUGGCUGAUAAAUGUAAAGGCAUAGAACAAUAUGCCAUUCGAGCCUUUGGAAAUGCUCUACUUUCUAUUCCAAUCAACCUCUGCAAUAAUAUGGGACUCAACAGCAUCGAUAUCAUCUCUGAAAUCAAAACGAAGAUCAUUCAGGAGAAACAGAAAAAUCUCGGUAUCGACAGCCUCAACUAUAAGGUGGACAAUAUGAUCGACAAGGGAAUUUUUGAAACGUUCAACUCCAAGUACAACCAGUUCUCCCUCGCCACGCAGGUCGUCAAGAUGAUACUCAAGAUUGACGACGUCAUCGCGCCGAAUGACUUCAACUAG